AAAGGCCACAUCACACACAGCUUGUUAUAUAAGAGUGAAUGAGAAAAAGCUGCUCCCAUCACCUUCACGACCACUACGUUUCUCCAAGAAAGAAGCAAAGUCUCAUAAAAGCUAGGUUUGAAGCGAAUAUCCGGUAACGGUCCUUGGCGGUCAACAAUCACAUCAUCCAAUGUAUCUUCCCCCUCAUCAUCGGAAACCAAGUCAAUAUGAGGCCGAUUCCGAUCAAGUAUAUCCCUGAAACUCACCGCCCCCGGCGUCAUUGCCGAUUUGAGCUCCGCAAGGUUAUCCUCCGCCCGACCGCUAUCUAGGGUUUCGUGGACUCGCGAGCGCUUUGCAAACGGGCGUUUUCCAGAAGAGGAGAGGGCGCCUUAUGCAUCGUUGUGAACUCGAAGGUGUCGCGAUCAGGAGGAUCAGAUUUCAAAUCGUCCGGCGGGUUACGAGCGUGCGCCGACGAUGACAUAGGGUUACUAAAGAGCUCUCUUCUUUUAAUAAUGAAAAAGAGGUGAUGUCGAUUCUUGAGCGCGAUGGGAUUGAUGGACUGAUGUUUUCGGAGAAUGGUAUUAAAAAGAAUUUUGAGAAGAUUAUUAUUGAUACUGAUCCUGGCAUUGAUGAUAGCAUGGCAAUACUAAUGGCAUUUCAGUCACCUGAAUUGGAGAUAUUAGGAUUAACAACAACAUUUGGCAAUGUUACUACAGAAGCUGCCACGCGUGAUGCAUUGAUUCUGUGUGAGCUUGCUGGACGUCCAGAUUUGCCCGUGGCAGAGGGAAAUCCUGAACCAUUGAAGAGAGGACCACCACGAAUUGCAGAGUUUGUUCACGGCUCAAAUGGAUUGGGUAAUAUCUCAAUUUCUCCUCCCAAAUCCAAGAAAUCCGAAAAAUCUGCAUCUGAAUUUUUGGUUGAUAAAGUCUCUGAAUAUCCCGGUGAAGUUUCUAUACUUGCAUUGGGCCCCCUUACAAAUCUCGCGCUUGCUAUAAAGAGAGACUCCUCUUUUGCAAGCAAAGUGAAGAGAAUUGUGAUUCCUGGUGGGGCUUUCUUUGCUUUGGGAAAUGUUAAUCCUGCUGCCGAAGCAAAUAUAUAUGGAGACCCAGAAGCUGCAGAUAUUGUAUUCACUUCGGGGGCAAAUAUCGACGUUAUUGGCAUAAAUACCACAAACCCAAGUCAAAAUGACAGUAUCGUAAUUGAACGUAUAUUGUCUUCAGAUGUGCACCUAGACGAGCUGAAGAAAUCAAAAGGACGGUACGCGAAGUUCAUAUGUGAUAUUUGCAAGUUUUAUCGAGACUGGCAUGUGAAGUCCGAUGGCGUAUAUGGAAUUUUUCUUCACGAUCCUGUGAGUUUUGUGGCGCUAGUGAGACCUUAUUUGUUUACCUUCAAGAAAGGAGUUUAACGGGUUGAGACACAAGGCAUUUGUGUCGGGCAUACACUUAUGGACCAAGGAUUGAAGAAAUGGAACUCAAACAAUCCAUGGUCAGGCUUUUCUCCAGUUUCAGUAGCCUGGACAGUUGAUUCCCAAGAAGUACUUAAAUAUGUGAAUGAGAUUUUAAUGAAGCCCUGAAUAAAUGUAUAUCCUGCUAAUUAAUUAUGAUUUGAGGAAAAAAAAACUGUGGAAAUUUGUGACAUUGAUUUCUUAUGAUUGGAACAUCAUUUAGACAUUUUCCAUGUAACUGAAUCAGUUCUGUGGAAUAUCUUGGUAAUUAUUCAACACUUUCUUACUUUCAUGUUCUUGGGAUGCUUGAUUCAUCACAGUUGUGUUUGUUUGUUNCUGAAAAAAAAAAAAAAAAAAUUGGGACAAUUUUCAGUUCCUCUAAGAAAUU